AUGGUUAAAGAUACACGACUCUAUGAUAUGUUACACGUUUCGACGGAUGCAGACGAGUCCCAAAUAAAAAAGGCUUAUCGUGCAUCUGCUUUAAAGUAUCAUCCAGAUAAGGUUAAAAAUGUCAAGGAUGAGGUGGCUCGUCGUAAAAGUACGGAGAUAUUCCAAGAAAUGACCCGUGCUUAUGAGAUAUUGUCUGACAAGCAUCGACGAUUGGAAUACGAUAACUAUGGAGAUGAUGCAUCGAAGUCCAGCAGCGUCACGGAGACAUCGCAGGCUUUUUCCCAACCUGGUCAGAACAUGUUUUCGCAGGCGGAAAUGAUCUUCAAUAAUUUGUUUGGUGAUGAUCUAAGAGGUGGUUUUGGUGGAAGAAGAGGAAUAAGAGUUCCCGGUGGGGCCUCUUCAUUCUUCCAAAAUCCUUUUCCCUCAUUUGGAUUUGGAGGAGAUUUUGCUAACGGUGGUGAUGACUUCAUGAUGGGGGGGAUUUCUGGAAUGUCGCAAAACCAAAACCAACAACAACAACAACGUCGUAAGGGAAGAGAUAUUCGUCAUACUUUGUACUGCGGCGUGGCAGAUUUCUACAAUGGAAGAAAGAUUAUGCUUAGUCUUGCCCGAAAAGUCAUAUGUCCGAAAUGCCAUGGUCUUGGUGGACUCAAAGAGGUGAACUGUAAAGGAUGUGGAGGUUCUGGUGUACAGGUCAGCGAAAGCCGAACUGGGGGAAUGUAUCAACGGUCUUCCAUGACGUGUAAUUUGUGCGGAGGGGCUGGAAAGUAUAUUCCUGAUGAUUGCAUAUGUCCAGAGUGUCAUGGUGCACAGUUAAAAGACAAAAAGGAGAUUCUGGAGGUUGUUAUACCGCGUGGAGUGAGCCCUGGAUAUAAUGUUGUGUUUGAUAAGGGAGCAGAUGAAGGACUAGAUAUCAUUCCGGGAGAUGUGAUUAUAACUAUUCAGGAGGACAACAAAAUGAAGGAUUUUGUUCGUCAUGGAGACGAUCUUCUCACCACAGUGAAAAUACCUUUAUGCAAGGCUAUUUGUGGAGGUAUGGUAGCCAUUAGACAUUUGAACGGCAAGACAUUGAACGUUUAUUUGGGAAGAUCGGAGAUUAAAAGCGGUACAGACGUUAAAGUGAUCAAAAAUAGAGGCAUGCCAAUCACUACAAAUGAACCGGGAAUGUCACGCGAGGUUAUAGGCUACGGAGAUCUUUACGUGAAAUUCGAGGUAGUAUUACCUCAGCCCGGAGAGUUGGAUGAGAGACAAUACGAACAGAUUGGAACAGCAUUGUUGCCAGAUGCUGAGGUACCAGAUAUUGAUGGCUCGACAACAGAGGACGUGGUAUAUACAUCGGAGGUGACAUCCGGAUCUAUUCCUGAUCCAAACAGCUUUCCAUGA